CCAUAAGAUCUGAAGUAUGAGUGGGGAACUCUGUCAAAGCGAAUAUCAUUCUCAGUUAUCCAAAUUCAACAUUUUUCUCGAAAUGUUCUCUUUUCUCAUCCCAUUGUGGGACGCUAAUAAGGUUACUAUUGCUUCUGUGGCCUCCGUAGUCUUCUUAGCCUUUGCCGGUCUAACACUCGCCGUUUCGGCCGUGGCAUUAGUUGUAUCCGCACCGCUUUUCAUCAUAUUCAGUCCGAUUCUCGUACCCGCGACUAUAGCCACUACCCUCCUAGCCACUGGGUUCACGGCCGGUGCCACUCUCGCACUGACUGCCAUUGGCCUCAUCAUAGGGCUCAUUAAGACUGCGGAAGGAACUCGGUUGGCUCUGUCCGCCCAAAGAACAUUGAAAUUGCUAAAGUUUUCAGGUGGAUAUUGGGGAUUCUGGGGAGGAAAAACAUUUUCAGGAUCAUUCAGAGACAUUUUAAAAUGGUUACAAAAACAACCUUGGUUCAAAGGUAUACCGGCAGGCGGAGCUGCACCACCGGCAGGCGGAGCUGCACCACCGGCAGGCGGAGCGGCACCCCCGGCAGCCGAAGCUGCACCAGCGGCAGCGGAAGCUGCACCACCGGCAGCGGAAGCUGCACCACCAGCUGCAGGGGGAGUUGCACCACCACCGGCAGGCGGAGCUGCACCAAGCAUGUAGCAUACGUAAAUUAUUGAAUCUGAAACCAAGCCAUUAAGGAUUUUAUGACUCGGAAACUAAAAGGAGACCAAGCCUUUUGAAUACGUUUUACGUAAUAUUGAAUCUGAAACCAAGCCAUUAAGGAUUUUAUGACUCGGAAACUAAAAGGAGACCAAGCCUUUUGAAUAUGUUUUACGUAAUAUUGAAUCUGUUUAUAUUGAUAGAAGUAAAAGACUCGAUACAAAGUUUAUUGAAAAAUAAAGAAAAUCUAACCACACGAUUGUGGCGAGUGGUAAACCGAGGUUACAAAGGUGAUAAGUACCCGGAGUUCAAAAUUCACCAUUUCAAGAUAUGUCUACUUGCGUGCUUAGGUGAUAUAUAUGGAUCAUGUGCUAGUUCUGUGUAUAUUAGUUCUUAAGCUAUUUCAGGAUCAUGUGCUA